AUGCGUUCUGUAUCACUCUUUCUAUGGGGUCUGGCACCUCUGCUUGCAUCCGCCCAACUCACUGGCAGAGUUGGGCCUCUGAAGUCAGCGGUUGAGAAAGCCGCCAACAAAACGUGUAAUGUUCUUGAUUACGGAGCAGUCGCCGACUUGUCAACCGAUAUUGGUCAACCAUUACUCGACGCCUUUGAAGACUGUAAUGGGGGUGGUCUGGUGUAUGUUCCCGAAGGCGAGUAUGCCUUGUCUACCUGGGUGCUCUUCGAUAAAGGAGAGUCAUGGGCUCUGCAACUUGACGGUGUGAUCUACCGGAAUGGAACUGAUGGCGGCAAUAUGAUAACGUUUGAGCAUACGAGUGAUUUUGAAAUGUUCAGCAGCAACGGAAAGGGUGCGAUUCAGGCACUCGGCUAUGAGUUUCGUAAUGCGGGAGAAUCAACGAAUACCAGGAUCAUGAGAUUGCAGAAGGUCUCCUCUUUUUCUGUUCACGAUAUUAUUCUUGUUGAUUCUCCAGCUUUUCAUAUGUCGCUUGAUACUGUGUCAGAUGGUGAGGUAUACAACGUUGUGGUUCGCGGAGGCAGUUCAGGUGGGCUAGAUGGUAUUGAUGUGUGGGGUGAGAAUGUCUGGAUCCACGAUGUCGAAGUCACUAAUAAGGAUGAGUGUGUGACCGUCAAGAAUCCAUCCUAUAAUUUGUUCAUCGAGAACGUCUACUGCAACUGGAGUGGAGGUUGCGCGAUCGGAUCCAUUACCUCAGGCACUAAUAUCACGGACAUCAUCUAUCGCAACGUGUACACCCGCUCGUUCAAUCAGAUGUUUAUGAUCAAGAGUAAUGGAGGCGAUGGGUACGUGAGGAAUCUGGCUCUGGAGAAUUUCAUUGGCCACGGAAAUGCCUAUUCCCUGGACAUCGACAGCGCUUGGAGCAAUAUUGACACGGCCGAUGGAGAUGGUGUUGAGUUUUCAAACAUUACCGUAUCCAAUUGGAAGGGCACUGAGGAGGAUGGUGUGCAACGUGGUCCGAUCAAAAUCCUCUGUCCUGAUGAAAAUCCUUGCUAUGAUAUUACCAUCAAGGACUUCGACAUGUGGACGGAGACUGGAGACAGCCAGACGUAUUUCUGCCAGAGCGCUUAUGGAGACGGACACUGUCUCCAAGACGGUGAUGAGCUGAAAGAGUACACAACGACACUGACUGCCACCAGCGCACCGAGUGGCUACGCAGCGCCCACCAUGAAGGAGGACCUUUCCGAAGCGAUGGCCUUGAACACAUCCAUUGCAAUUCCUACUAUCCCUGCCUCCUUUUACCCUGGCGUGAUGCCAUACAGCAGCAUCGCAGGCGGCAGCGCAGCAGCUGUAACCCCUAGCUCGAGUGUGGCAUCUCCUUCAGUUUCUGCAACCCCCAGCUCAAGCUUCGUCGCAUGGAGUUCUUCAGUUCGUGUCUCAUCGCCGUCAAGACCUGCCAGCUCGCCAUCUUCCACCAGAGUUAGCCCUUCCUCGUCUUGGAUAACGACUACAGGAACGCCCCCUACGACUGCUUCAACUGACGCUCUGCCCACUAUCCCCGCUCAGAAGCAGCCAUCUCCUGACACCGAAGUGAUUGGAAAGUGUGGUUUUGCGCCGCCUCCCAACCAGGGUGGCCAUCACCAUGUGCACCACCACACUGCUCCUCAGCACCACUGA